CACAACUGAGCCGAGAGUUACUCGACUGGACAAAGGAUGAUCGAUUUAAAAAAGUGGGCGUGGAAAUAGAGCCUUUGGUGUACUCUACCAAUCCCAGCAGACCUUAUACUUCAGUCACUCGGUUUCCUAUAAAUAAGUCGGGUAAAUGAUGAGCACAUCAUCAAACAAUAUCCUCAAGGUCUGUUUCAACCAAGCAAGCAGAGCAGUUUGUACCAAAUGAAACCACAACACAAGCUCGUGUCUAGUUUGAUCGAAAUGGAUUUACAAAGUAUUACAACGGAAGAAUUUGGUGAACUUUGGGUGAAUUAUGAGAUUGAAGUUAAAAAGAAAGUUCAGUGUUCGAUUCAACAAUGUGACAAAUUAGCAGAAAAGUUAAGUAAAAGUUGGAGUAUUGACAUCGUUCAAGUGAUUGGUCAAGAGUUUAUAGCCUUUGAUCCAUAUCAACCGGCUGUCUUGAUUCACGUUUAUCUGAUGCCACUUGACCAACAAUUUGAACUAACGAUAAGGGCAAAGAAUGAUGUGAAUGAAAUUACACAGUUUUUAUCCAAAAGAAAUAUAAAAUAAUAAUAAUAAAGAGAGAAAUAUAAAAAUAACUAUAUGAAAAAAAGUCACUUGCAUGCA